CUCGUAUGGUUGUCGUAAUUACUUCCCUUCACUUCUCUUCUCGCUAUAUGGUGGGUGAGCGGAAGGUGCAGCUGUCUCGCUUUUGACUUGGCGAGUCGCUGGUCUUUGAUCGAGCAUGUGAGGACCUCGUCUCGGGAAAGAUCCGCCAGUUGCCUCGAGUGUCUGCUCCCGUUCGCCGGUUUCUUGGCUGUCGGAGAAGAAGGUUCUUUAAUAUGAAGUGUUUCGCGUUCCGAAAUGGAGCGACAAAGGCGGAGCUCCAGGCAAGACUGUCUGCAUCUGUUCGGUCGAACAGUACCACAUCAACCGAGCGUGACAUGAGGAGAUCAGGAUCUGAGUUCAACUCGGGGGAUGUCACUGAUUCUGGUACUGAUUCAGUGGGAAGGCCGCAAUACCCUAGUUUCUCUCAGAGACCAAUUAAUCUCAGGGUUUUCACAUUUUCUGAGCUGAGGAAUGCCACAAAGAACUUUAGCCGGUCACUCAUGGUUGGGGAAGGUGGCUUUGGAUGUGUUUAUAGGGGAACAAUCAAGAGCCUUGAUGAUCCGGAUGCAAAGAUUGAGAUAGCUGUGAAACAACUGAAUCGCAAAGGACUGCAGGGGCACAAGGAAUGGUUGACAGAAGUAAAUGUUCUUGGGGUGCUGGAGCAUCCAAAUCUCGUCAAAUUAGUAGGCUAUUGUGCUGAAGAUGAUGAAAGGGGAAUACAGCGCCUUCUUGUAUAUGAAUAUAUGCCUAAUGGAAGUGUGGAGGACCACCUGUCAGUUCUAUCUAGGACGACACUCUCUUGGUCCAUGAGAUUAAGGGUAGCUCUUGAUGCUGCUCGUGGAUUGACACAUUUGCAUGAAGAAAUGGAUUUUCAGAUUAUUUUUCGUGAUUUUAAAGCCUCCAACAUUCUCUUGGAUGAGGACUGGAAUGCAAAAUUGUCUGACUUUGGCUUGGCUAGACAAGGACCAGCAGAAGGACUAAGCCAUGUUUCCACGGCAGUCGUAGGAACUUUUGGCUAUGCAGCUCCUGAGUACAUGCAAACUGGUCGGCUGACUGCCAAGAGUGAUAUAUGGAGCUAUGGAGUUUUUCUGUAUGUACUUAUCACAGGGCGUCAGCCAAUAGAUAAAAACCGUCCGAAAGGUGAACAGAAGCUCUUAGAAUGGGUCAGACCCUAUAUAACUGAUGUCAAGAAGAUCCGUAUAAUCAUGGAUCCAAAGCUAGAAGGUGAUUACUCUUUAAAAUCUGCAUCAAAACUUGUCACAGUGGCAAAUAGGUGCCUGGUUCGGCAACCGAAGUCUAGGCCCAAGAUGAGUGAUGUGCUGGAGAUGGUGCAACGGAUCAUCGAAAGCACAGAGACUGGAGCACCAGAAGCCCCUUUAAGGAGUUGUUCGGAAAAAGGAAAACCGGGAGAAACAAAAAAGAAAGGUGUGAAGAGAAUUAUCGGGGAUUGGAAAAUGGGUGAAAAUAUGCGGCUGGCGUGGCAGGGAUGGAAGGCAAAACUUGUACGGACAUGUUGAUUUCUAUGAUGACGAUGACGAAGAUGAUGAAAUUUCUAUCGAUCUUUGUAUGUGUGGAGUUGCGGCAUACUGUUCUCCAAUUCUUUUGGAGAACUUAUGGUUCCUCAAGUCAAUAUCAGAAGGAACUAGUUUUACCAUGUCCAAGGUCAACAUGCUAAAAUGCCAUCCUUACCAAGUAGAUUCUGUAUACUUCUUUUAUCCAUGUAAUACUCCUUAGAAUGAUUAACUAUAGAACUGUUGUUGCUUGGCUUGCAAAGUUGUCGAAAUGUCUUAAUUAGAUCUGUUUAAAUUGUUGAUAUCUUCCCCA